UUGGAGUUCAAAAUGUUGAAGACUUGUAAACAUCCCAAUGUUUCAAUUCCAGUUACGUUUGAAGGUGGUUUAGAGUCACGUGUUCGUGCUGAAAUAAUCAAUGAGUUAUUCAAGUAUAUACUGUAUGAAAGACAGCAGAUUCCAUUGCCAUUUGAUCAAAUUAAACGGGAACUGAAACAAUCGAUGUUACAGAGUAGUAACCCAAAGAAGCAAAGCAGUCAAACAAAAAAAGCAGCUAACCUUGUGCCAAAGAUAGAAGAGUCAAUGAAAAACAUAAUAGAAGCCUUUGAGAUAUGUCCUGAAAUCAAGCGAGUUAUGUUCACAAUUGGUGCUACUACUGUAAGCCCAAAGGAAGUGUAUGUAGUGGAGCUUCCACCAUUAAACCCUGAGGCAGAAAAUUUACCAGGGAAAGUUUGUCUAAGAACACUCUUUAGACAACUUAUAAUGCAAGAUCCGCUUGGUAGAGUGAAACAGAUUUCAGUGUCAAGUAUUUCUGUUCUUCUGUACGGACCCCGGCAUUCAAACCUUUCUUGGUUUCUUCCAAAGCCAGCUUACAAAAUACCAGUGAGAGGGAGCAAAUUUGAGUUUCAAUUGACCAACGAUGUUGGACAAGGGAGUCACGAUCUGUCUAAAGACUUUUCCAUCAUUGAGCUGUCUGGUUUUGAACCAUUUAACAUUUCAACAAAUGAUAUUUCCUGGACAGGUACAAACUUAUUCCCCACAGACAGCAGGUCUGAGUCAAGUGAGGAAUCCAUCACAGCAGACUAUGUUUGUGUUGAUGGGAGCAUAGAGUCUGAUUCCGUCUUCAACACAGAGUCUGACUUCAGCUCUUGUAACAAUACACCAAAGGACACAACUAAGGAAAGUGAAAACUUUGAAUAUUGUGCUUCACCGUCAAAUAUUCACAAGCGGAUGAAGAAGUCCAGUUCAGCCAGUUCAAUCUUGUCCCAGACAAGUGUGAUGCAGCAAUCAACAUCAGCCUCAAUUUUGAGAACCCCAGACCUAGGAUCAGGAAUUGCCUUGAGCGAUACUGAACACAUCUGGUAUCAGUCACCAAUCACAAUUAAAGGUUUUAAAAUGAUGAGGAAGGCAUAAUGAAGAUUUAAAUUGCAAAGAUGUACCUCAUGAAUUUUAUCAUUACUGAGGUGUUUCUACACAUUGUAUUUAUUCAUAAAUUGUAUAAUAUUAUAAGAUUACUUAUACAUAAUUUAUCUAUCAUAAUAUAAUAUGAUAUUAAAUAAAGAAAAAUGAGUGAUUUUCAUAUGCAAAAUGAAUUUAAACAAAUAUAUUUAUAGAUUUAUAUAACGAUUUGUUCUUUCUGUGUAGUGUUUGUAUUUGAAAAAUCUGCUCAAUUUCUGUGGUAUUUUAAAGAGAUAUUUUAAAAAUUGCAAAUAGAAAGCCCAAAAAGCAGUAUUUUCAUACACAUGUACAUGCUUAUCUGAGCACCCUUGCUGGCAGGCAUUCGUUAUUUUGACACUAGUACAAAAAAAUAAUUUGAUAUCAUGCGAGUAGACAAAACAGUUAUGCCAAUCGCUCACAUAUGGUGAACUAUCUAAUUUUGGGCCAUGAACUGAAGGUAUGCAAUGAAUAUGAUUUGUACAUUAUGGUUAUGAAAGGAUGUUGCAUGGUUUUUAACUCUGAUGGUUACAACUUUUGGUAGAUGCCACAUUCAAAAUGUGUAUGCAAGCCAAUACUAGUAUGCCUUACAGCUUGGGACAACAAGAAUUUUUUUUUUUUACCAUGGUGAAAUGUGGAUGUUGACAGGUAUUUUACUUGCAAAAACAUUGUUUUUCUUAAUUAUAACAAAUUUUAGUGUGUUUUUUUAAAAUUGAUGCAGAAGGCCGUAAUUUUUCCAAAGUUAGAAAAGGGUUCUUUUCCCAAAAUAAAUAGAGAACCCCAGUCUAAGACUUUCUUCAAGGUAACUCUGAAAUCUUAUUGGGACCAUUUAACUCCUUGCAUUGGCUCCUAUUCUUCUAACACAGGACAAGUGACAUGAGGUUUUAAGGAGUAGAAAGUUGAUACAACAAAUUAUUAAAGAAGUUGACAAAGGAAUGUGUUUUUUAAUGAUUGGCAGAAGAGAUCCAGGUUCAACUGCUUUCUUCUUUUUUUGUAAUAAUGACCUUGAUCUUAGGGGCCCAAACACAAUCCCAUGGAAGUCUUCCAUAAACUCUUCCUACAUAUCAAGUUUGGUCACAGUAUGUCAACCAUAAUUAAAGUUAUUCAGUAUCAAACA